CACCCCCCCCAGGCCGGCCCCCCGGCCCGCUGCCAUGACGUCCUACCGGCAGGAGCUGGAGAAGUACCGGGACAUCGACGAGGACAAGAUCCUGCAGGAGCUGUCGGCCGAGGAGCUGGCGCAGCUGGACUUGGAGCUGCUGGAGAUGGACCCCGAGAACGUGCUGCUACCGGCCGGGCUGCGGCAGCGGGACCAGACGCAGAAGAGCCCGACAGGGCCGCUGGACCGGGAGGCCCUGCUGCAGCACCUGGAGAAGCAGGCGCUGGAGGCUGGCGAGCGCGACGACCUGGUGCCCUUCACCGGCGAGAAGAAAGGGAAGCCCUUCGUGCCCAAGAACCCGACGCGGGAGAUCCCACGGGAGGAGCAGAUCACGCUGGAGCCCGAGCUGGAGGAGGCGCUGGCCAACGCCACCGAGGCCGAGAUGUGCGACAUCGCCGCCAUCCUGGGCAUGUACACGCUGAUGAGCAACAAGCAGUACUACGACGCGAUCUGCAGCGGGACCAUCUCCAACACGGAGGGCAUCAACAGCGUGGUGAAGCCUGACACGUACAAGCCGGUGCCGGACGAGCCCCCGAACCCCACCAACGUGGAGGAGACGCUGCGGCAGAUCCAGGCCAACGACAGCACUCUGGAGGACGUCAACCUCAACAACAUCAAGGACAUUCCCAUCUCCACGCUGAAGGCCGUCUGCGAGGCCAUGAAAACCAACACCCACGUCAAGAAGCUCAGCCUGGUGGCCACCCGCAGCAACGACCCCGUGGCCAGCGCUGUGGCCGAGAUGCUGAUGGAGAACAAGACCCUGGAGAGCCUCAACAUUGAAUCCAACUUCAUCACCAGUGCUGGCAUGAUCAGCAUCAUCAAGGCCAUGUACCACAACACCACUCUGAGCGAGCUCAAGGUGGACAACCAGUGCCAGCGGCUGGGCGACACGGUGGAGAUGGAGAUGGCCACCAUGCUGGAGCAGUGCCCCUCCGUCGUGCGCUUUGGCUACCACUUCACGCAAAAGGCCCCCCGCGCCCGUGCCGCCAUCGCCAUCACCAAGAACAACGAGCUCCGUCGCAAGCAGAAGAAAGCCUAACAGCCCUCCCCUCCCCCGGCAUGGCUCCUGCUCCCUGGAGCUGCUGUAAAUAAAGACGGAGCAAUGCGGCUUUGGGAUCCGCUCGGAUGCAUCCCGGGGCAGGAUUUGUGCGCAGGGACAGAAUUGGGAUCGUAGGGAUGGGCUGAGGGAGGGUAACGCCACCGGGGGGGGCCGCAGGGGCUGAGCGGGAUGCCUGGACCCCCCCAGGGAGCAGCGGGGGCCGCAGGGUCGGGGUAUUUAUACCCCAGGGAUUGGGUUACGGCACCAGGAGGGGUGGGGGCAGCCAGGUGCCCCCGUGGCACUGAGCUGGGCACCCAGGACCCACAGGGCCCAGCACCCAUGGCCCAGAGGGGUGGGGGGGGUGGGGGGCACAGAGCCUAUUUAUAGGUGCCACCACAUUAUUUAUCGGCACAAGCCGAGUGAGCGGGUAAAUCCCAGUGCCCAGGGGUAACAUCACCCCAGGCAGCACUGCCAGGGACCCUCCACAAGGGACAGAAUAUGACCCCAGGGCCCAGAGACACCUUUGGGUGGGGGGUGGGGUGCUGUCCCAAGGGCAUGGAUGCCAGCUCAGGGUGCAACACCAUAAAUGACAGUCCCAUGGGUGCACCCUGACGUGGGAGCACACGCAGGCACCCAAAGGCUGGCAGGAAAAGUGGGGGGGAAACUGAGGCAGGGGGGAGGGGCAGCGUGGCAGGGUGCUCUGCGAAGCACUGGGACAGCUGUCAGGGCUGGGGAGGAGGGGGGGAACCCAGCACCACCACCCCGAAAGGCCAUGACCCGCAGGCAGCUGCCAGCGUGUGAGAAAACAAGUGUGACUUGGGACAGGGACAGCAGAGGACAGGCCAAAACCCACAUG